AUGAAUUGUAAAGAACCUGAAAAUCUACUAUACCGAGUAUUUUUUCUUAUUUCAAUUCUACUUGCAAUGCGUGUUGGUGAACGUUAUCAUCUUAAAAUUGAGCAAUUUAAAUUUGAUGAUUAUGGAUUAAAAUUGUUUCGUUACACUUCCAAAAAUAAUCAACGUGGACUUCACAAUGGUAAUGCAAAUAUUAUUAACAUACCUGCUGAUUCAGAAUUAUAUUCUGAUGUAAAAUUAUAUUUUUCUAAACGUCCUAUUUGUGAAGAAAAUAAUUUUUAUUUACAACUUAAUUUAAAUUGGACUGAAACUGGUUUCUGGUAUAAAUCAAAUCAUGUAGGAAAAAAUAAGUUGAGUAAUUUUAUGCAAGACAUUGGGCAGCGAACACAAAUUGAUAUUUCCUUUGAUGCUCUUUCCAACCAUUCAGGUCAUAAAACUGCUGCUCAAUGUUUACAAGAUAAUAAUAUUUCUGAACAAGCAAUUAUGCAAUUGACAGAACAUAAAAGUGUCGAAGGUGUUAGGGCAUAUAAAAAAAUUAAUGAAGAACAGAAAUCUUAUACAAUGAAUACUUUAAUUAAUAUUACUGAUAAUUCAAAAAAUAAAUUAAAACAUCCGUUACAAGAGAUCUCUUUUAAUUCUUUAAAUAAUAAUUCACAAACUCCUAUAUUUAGUAAUUCUACUUUCUCAAAUGUAAUUUUAAUAUUAAAAAGCAAUAAUUUUAGCCAAUUAUGUAAAUCAAUGUAA